AUGGCCAAGAGCCUGGCCGAUGCGACCAGCGACGAGAGCGCAGCAGCCAAGACCUACGAGGAACUCAUGUCCGCCAAGAGGAAGGAGGUCGACGCCCUCACGGCGCAGAUCGAGUCGAAAACCCAGCGGUCCGGGGAGCUCGGGGUCUCGAUCGUCGAGCUGAAGAGCGACCUCUCGGACACCGAGGCGCAGCUGCUGGAGGACCAGGCGGUGCUGAAGGAGCUGGAGCAGGGCUGCGCCUCCAAGGACGCGGAGUGGGAGGAGCGGAGCAAGACCCGCCAGGAGGAGCUCGUCGCGAUCGCCGAGACCAUCAAGAUUCUGAAUGAUGACGAUGCCCUCGAGCUGUUCAAGAAGACUCUUCCGGCUGCGAGUGCCGCGUUCGUGCAGGUGGAGCGCAGGUCCGCUGCUGUGCGCGCUCGCGCCCUCGGUCUCCUUCGGAGGGCGGCUCGUCCUAGGAGCCGUGCGGACCUGGACGUCAUCAUGCUGGCGAUGAGUGGCAAGAAGAUCGGCUUCGAGAAAGUGAUUGCGAUGAUUGACGGUAUGGUCGCGACUCUGAAGCGCGAGCAGGUCGACGAUGAUGGCAAGAAGGAGUAUUGCGGCAAGCAGUUCGAUGACGCUGACGAUAAGAAGAAAGGAUUGCAGCGGGACGUCUCCGACGCUGAAACGGCCAUCGCCAACGCACAGGAAGGCAUCGCCGCUGCCAAGGAGGACAUCAAGAAAUUGGGGGACGCCAUCAAUGAUUUGGAUAAGAUGGUUGCUGCCGCCACAGCACUGCGAAAAGAAGAGCACGACGAGUUCAAGGCGUUGAUCGCUUCUAACUCUGCCGCGAAGAAUCUCCUUGGCUUCGCGAAAAACCGGCUGAACAAAUUCUACAACCCGAAGAUGUACAAACCAGCAGCGAAGGUGGAGCUGUCGACCAUGGACCGGACUGCAGAGAGCAUGGGCGUAACUUUGGCGCAGGUCUCAUCCCACCAGCAGCGGAACACCGCCGUAGAGCCACCACCUGCGACAUGGGAUUCGUACGCAAAGAAAUCGGGCGAGAAUGCCGGCGUCCUGGCCAUGAUCGACUUAUUGAUCAAGGACUUGGACAAAGAAAUUACCGAGGCAGAGACGGACGAGAAGAACAGCCAGAAGGAUUACGAGGCUCUCAUGUCAGACUCAGCUGCCAAGCGCACCGAGGAUUCCAAAGGUCUCACCGAGAAGGGUGCCUUGAAGGCGGACCUGGAGGCAGCCCUGGAGAAGCACACCGAGGCCGAAAAGAUGGGCACCAGGGAUCUGAUGAUGACCGAAAAGUACAUCUCAGAGCUGCAUGCGGAGUGUGAUUGGUUGCUGAAAUACUUUGAGGCCCGCCAGGAGGCCCGCUCCGAGGAGAUCGACUCGCUCGGGAAAGCGAAGGCGGUGCUUAGCGGGGCUGACUUCUCGUUGCUGUAG